AUGGGUUCCCUCACUGAUAUUGGAGUUUCUGCGGGACUAAACAUACUAUCUGCAGUGGGUUUCCUUCUUGCAUUUGCUGUUCUCAGGAUACAGCCUAUUAACGAUCGGGUAUACUUUCCAAAAUGGUAUCUCAAAGGGACAAGAAGCAGCCCAAGGCAAUUGGGAACUGUUUUCUCGAAGUUUGUGAAUGCAGAUUUGUCAACAUAUAUCCGGUUUCUAAACUGGAUGCCUGCAGCACUGAAAAUGCCAGAACCUGAACUUAUUGAGCAUGCGGGACUAGACUCUGCGGUAUAUGUCCGCAUUUAUCUUCUUGGUUUGAAAAUAUUUGUGCCAAUUGCGCUGCUAGCAUUUGCUGUUCUAGUUCCUGUCAAUUGGACUAGUGGAACAUUGGAAAAUGAAAAGGGACUAAGUUAUGACGAAAUUGACAAGCUUUCAAUAUCAAAUCUUGGAAAAGGUUCAAAAAGGUUUUGGGCACACAUAGCGAUGUCCUAUGUGUUUACAUUUUGGACGUGCUUUGUGUUGUAUCACGAGUAUAAGGUUGUGACAACGAUGAGAUUGCGCUUCCUUGCUAAUCAAAAUCGUCGACCUGAUCAAUACACAGUUCUUGUGCGAAAUGUACCUCCAGACCCAGAUGAAUCAGUUAGUGAGCACGUUGAGCACUUCUUUGCUGUGAAUCACCGUGAUCAUUACCUUAGUCACCAGAUUGUAUACAAUGCAAACCACCUUUCUGGCUUGGUUGAGAAGAAAAAAGGACUGCAAAACUGGUUAAUCUACUAUGAAAACAAGCAUGCUAAAAACACUGCAAAAAGGCCAAAAAUAAAGACAGGACUGUGGGGUCUUUGGGGACAAAGAGUGGAUGCUAUAGAAUACUACCAAAAAGAAAUUGAGGAUUUAUGUAAACAGGAGGACGAGGAGAGGCAAAAGGUGAUCACUGAUCCAAACUAUAUCAUGCCAGCAGCAUUUGUGUCUUUCAAAACACAGUGGGGGGCUGCGGUUUGUGCUCAAACACAGCAGACAAGUAAUCCGACCGUGUGGUUAACUGAGUGGGCUCCAGAACCUCGUGAUGUUUUCUGGGCUAAUCUCGCAAUCCCUUUUGUUGAGCUCUCAGUUAGGAGGCUUAUUGUAGCUCUUGCCUUCUUCUUUCUGACCUUUUUCUUCAUGAUACCAAUUGCUAUUGUCCAAUCCUUGGCAAACCUAGAAGAGAUCGAGAAGGUGCUUCCUUUCUUGAAACCUAUAAUAGAAAGAAAUUCCCUUCAGGCAGUUAUCCAAGGCUUCUUGCCAGGAAUCGUAUUGAAAAUCUUUCUUAUACUUCUCCCAACAAUUCUAAUGGCCAUGAGCAAGAUUGAAGGACACACAUCGCUCUCUGGAUUGGACAGGAAAACAGCAAUGAAGUACUACAUUUUCCUUUUCGUAAAUGUGUUCUUGGGGAGUGUAAUAACUGGAACAGCAUUCCAACAACUAGACAACUUCAUCCAUCAGUCUGCUAAUAAAAUUCCAGAGGUUAUUGGAGAGUCCAUUCCUAUGAAGGCAACAUUUUUCAUGACAUACAUAAUGGUUGAUGGCUGGUCUGGUAUAGCUGCUGAAGUUCUUCGGUUGAAGGCAUUAGUCAUAUUCCAUAUAAAGAAUGCUUUCUUGGUCAGAACGGAGCACGACCGUGAGCAGGCCAUGGAUCCUGGAAGCCUGGAUUUUUACAACUCAGAACCACGAUUACAGCUGUAUUUUCUGCUUGGUCUUGUAUAUGCAGUUGUCACACCAAUGCUUCUCCCCUUCAUCAUUGUGUUCUUCAGCCUUGCAUAUCUUGUUUUCAGACAUCAGAUAAUUAACGUAUAUAGUCAGCAAUACGAAAGUGGUGCACAAUUCUGGCCAGAUGUGCACAUGCGACUAAUCAUAGCACUGAUAGUAUCACAAAUCCUCCUACUGGGACUGCUGAGUACACAGGAAGCAGAGAAGUCCACUGUUGCCCUUCUCCCACUUCCUGUCCUCUCCAUUUGGUUCCACUAUGUUUGCAAGGGCCGGUUUGAGCCAGCGUUUGUGAAGUUUCCCUUGAAGGAUGCUAUGGUAAAGGACACAUUGGAACGGGCGCAUGAUCCGACUUUAAAUUUGAGAGAGUACCUAAAGGGUGCUUAUGUGCAUCCAGUCUUCCAGAAAAAUGACAUAUAUAAGGUUGUCGCCAUGGACGAGGAAGAGAAGAACCCCAUCGUUGUGACAAAGCGGCAGUCUCGCAUGAACACACCAGGGGGAAGCAAAUUCAAUUCCAGUUCUGGUGGUACUAAUGAAGGGGAAUUCAGUCGGGUGCCUCCUACCUAA